GAUUUGCUGGUCAUGGCCACCAACAACAGCAGCAUCGUCUCGAAGAGGAGUGUCGAGCGCCUCUACUACCCCAACGAACCACAUUUCUUCCGCUUCUUCGUCAACAAAUUCCAGCGGAGAGCACCUCUGAUCAACAGGGGCUAUCACCUCAGGCUUCAUGUCAUCGACUGUUGGACUCGUUAUCCGGAAGAUUGCACCAGCUCCGGAGCAGUCUUUGUCGAUAUCGACUUCCCACACCUCAUCCAGAGGAAACGUCAGGUUGUGCUCAACACGCCUGAGUUGAUGUCUCAUCUAUCACACGUCGAUGCCGCAGACGCUGAUCCACAUGUGUUCUUGCGCAGCGAUCGGUACUAUCAGGUGGGCUGUGAUCUCCGCCAGACAGCCACACUCGAGGCCACCUUAGGCUCUCUGCUUAAUGUACGAGACUGCCUCUUCAUGUUUGUUGCCGAGGUCUCGAUAACUUACAUGGAAACGGAUGCUGCUGACUCGGUCAUACAAUGGGCCGGCAGUCUUGGCCAAGCCGAAUUUUGUCUGCUCGAGCAAAUCCUGCCAGACGGCCCUGAUCACCCUUUCGCCAGCACUAUGACGGGCCAUUUCGACAAGCUGUCAACGCCAAUCAAGUCGGUGACCACCUAUCCCACGAUCCCCCAACAGUGCGCCCGCUUCAGGAACAAGGGUUGGUCCUCGAUAAACGCCCAGUCCUUAUGGUCUGCCUGGAGCGAUGAGACCUUCUUGACACCAGAUCACCGCCGAGAGCUGGAUCAUAUUGAGCCAUUCGACGAAUGGGAAGAGUUUGUUCUAUUCGGGAGUCACUAUGUUCUUCUCCAUGCUAAGAAUUACGGCGGUGGACUCUCGACAACCCCUCCCAACAAUCCUAGGUCGUCCAUUUCAUCGAUGGCGGUCGAGACGCAUUACAGUAAACUUCCUGGUCAACAUGGUCUUCGCCGAUUUGGAAAGGCCAUGCUCACAGUCGAUGCUCUUGGACACGAGUCGAUUUUUAACUGUUUAGGACUGGGGAGCUCCACCCGCCUCCCGUCGUACGACAUUUACACUCGCCAAGGCCGCCUCCGUGGCCAACAUGUGCAGGCUCACGGGGGGCCAUCGAGUCGCAUGUGCUUUACCUUGACCGAUAUAGGGCAACACGGAGUUCUGCUCACCGGUGGUCGAUCGUCGCCUGCGAAAGCGAUGAGCGAUUGCUGGCUUUUCAAGCAAGACUCCCAGAGAUGGGAACGCACACACAAUCUUGCUGUCCCUCUCUACAGGCAUUCCGCUUGUAGGCUAGCCAGCUCUUCCUUGGCCCUCGUCUUUGGUGGAAGAUCAGGGGCGACAGGGCUUUCGGAUCUGAUCACUGUAUAUCACCCCGAAAGGGGCUGGCUCAGUUGCCUGGUUGGAGGCUCGACUCGCCCAGACCUAAGAUUUGGCGCGACGCUCGCCUGCUGCGGUCGGAAAUCAGGGAUCCGUCCAGUAUUUUAUGGCUUCGUGGCUGGCGGCCUCUCAAGCAGUGGCACGAUUGUCAGACAGACACUGGCGUGGAACCUCACAUUUGACAAUGACCAGGCUCCGAUCAUUACCUUCACUCCUGCCGCAAUACGUGGCGCUGACACGUUCGACCUCCUGUCCAGGUUUGGAGCUUCGUACGUACAGGAUGCUGAUAGAAUGAUACUCAUCGGCGGUGUCGGUAGUGAUGGCAUAAUCAGUCGCGUGGGUGACAUAACUGUCUUCACUACUUCUGAGACGGAGAUACGGGCAGCCACGGGGCUGAAUAUCACAGCCUCGGGGAACCCCCGUCCUCUGCUCAUCGGAUCAAGUGCAGUACUCACAGGAGAACGAGAAAUCGUUAUAUUGGGCGGAGCAGCCACUUGUUUUUCCAUGGGAACUUUCUGGACAAAGAGCAUAUAUACACUCAGCCUGCCUGGAGCGAGAUCGGAUGGCCUAAGUCUAGAGGACUUAAAGUGGCAGUUCGUACAGAGUGGCGAGAUUGUCCAAUCGCCGCCAGGAGACGUGCAGAAGCCUCAGGUCAGCCCUGAUCAGAUCGCAGAGGUGCAACGCAUCCGGCGCGUCUCUGUGGAAUCAGAAGAGGCCUUCGAGAAACUCAUCGCGGACGGUCUUCCUGUUAUCCUAGAGAGACUCAAUCUCGGGCCGUGUCUUGCUACAUGGAGUUUGCGUUACCUGACGCAUUGCAUAGGGGAACGUCGCAAGGUGGUCGUCCACGAGUCCCAGUCAAAGAACAUGGACUUCAACGCCAAGAACUUUCGGUAUACGACCAUGGACUUUGGCGAGUUUGCAAAGGAGGUGGAGAGCGGUAGACAGCUCUACUUGCGUGCUCUAUCCGCGGACGCCCCAGCUGAUCAGGCAGCAAGUCUCGAGCGGGAUUUCCCAAUGCUGACUUCUGACUUCAUCUUGCCCGAUCCGCUGCGCGCAUGCAAAGACAAUUUGCACAGCUCAAUACUCCGGAUUUCCGGGCCGGUCAAUAUGUGGCUUCACUACGAUGUGCAAGCCAAUGUGUACUGUCAAAUCAGUGGGUCGAAGCGGAUGGUCUUGUUUCCGCCUUCGGACAUCACUCACCUGUCCUUCGCACCUGGAGCUUCGAGUUCCAGCAUCGACGUUUUUUCCUCUCUCGAGUCAUCCGCUUUGGCAUCUACCCAUCCAAUGGAAGCGGAUCUGAACCCGGGUGACAUCUUAUACAUUCCGCCCCUUUGGUUGCACACCGCUGAGCCGACUGCCAGCCCCUCUAUCGCCGUCAACGUGUUCUUUCGCAGUCUUGAUCCCGGCAACUAUGCAGUAGGGCGCGAUGUCUAUGGUAAUAGGGACCUUGGCGCGUAUGACAGAGGACGACAAGAUCUUAACCGGAUAGUGAAUGCCUUUGGCAAAGUUCCUGAUUCUUGCAAGCAAUUCUACUUGCUCAGACUAGCAGAGGAGUUG